AUGCAUCACCCGCAAAGCGACCAAGAUACCAAUCCCAGAAUAUCUCUAGAUCUUGACAACCUCGAGUUCCUCGCUGCUGGCAAAUCAAGAAUUGUUUACGGGAUUGACGAGGAAAGAAUUCUGAAAGAAUACUAUGGCGAGGAGAACGACGCUGAUGUUGAGCGUCGCGCGUUUGCCCGCCUCGGCUCACAUCCAAAUAUUGUGAGAUAUCUAGGCGCCACAGAGGAGGAUUCCAUAGUCCCCGAACGCGGGCAGCCCCUUCGGACAUUGUAUCAACAGACGAAUGCAGAUCAAAUUCCGUUGUGCAGAAGAGUUCGCUGGUCAAUGGACGCUGCAGAAGGAACUUACCGACGACCAAUAUCGCCAAUCAGUCAGAAGACCGACAUUUUCGCGUACGGCUGCUUGUUAUACGAAAUCAUGACAGGCAAAAAACCCCGUACCAUGAACUUGAAACACUGGACGAUCGAAGACGCCUCGUCGAACAACGAUAUACGAAUGGCCAAUUCCCGCAAGUCGAUCAUCUGCCGUUUGGCGCGAUAA